AUGGCGCCCAGCUCGAAAUCGGAGCGGAACAGCGGGGCCGGGAGUGGCGGCGGCGGCCCCGGGGGCGCCGGGGGGAAGCGGGCGGCGGGCCGGCGGCGGGAGCACGUCCUCAAGCAGCUGGAGCGGGUCAAGAUCAGUGGCCAGCUCUCCCCUCGCCUCUUCCGGAAGCUGCCCCCCAGGGUCUGCGUCUCCCUCAAGAGCAUCGUGGAUGAGGAUUUCCUCUACGCUGGCCACAUCUUCCUGGGCUUCUCUAAGUGUGGCCGCUACGUGCUGUCCUAUACCAGCAGCAGCGGGGAUGACGACUUCUCCUUCUACAUCUACCACCUCUACUGGUGGGAGUUCAACGUGCACAGCAAGCUCAAGCUGGUACGGCAGGUGCGACUCUUCCAAGAUGAGGAAAUCUACAGUGACCUAUACCUGACGGUGUGCGAGUGGCCCAGUGAUGCUUCCAAGGUCAUCGUCUUCGGCUUUAACACCCGCUCUGCCAACGGGAUGCUCAUGAACAUGAUGAUGAUGAGCGACGAAAACCACCGGGACAUCUACAUCAGCACCGUGGCGGUGCCCCCUGCUGGCCGCUGUGCGGCCUGCCAGGAUGCCAGCCUGGCUCAUCCAGGAGAGCCCGGCGCACAGUGCCUGCGGCACGGCUUCAUGCUGCACACCAAGUACCAGGUGGUGUACCCCUUCCCCACCUUCCAGCCCGCCUUCCAGCUCAAGAAGGACCAGGUGGUCCUGCUUAACACCAGCUACUCCCUGGUAGCCUGCGCUGUCUCUGUGCACUCGGCAGGUGACAGCAGCUUCUGCCAGAUCCUGUAUGACCACACAGCCCCCUCCACGCCCGCCCCUUCCAGCCCUCCAGGGCCCCCUAGCCCAGAGAUGCCCCUCACCCGCCCCAGCCCCGAGGAAACCCCAGCACAGCCCUGUGGAGGUCCUGAGCCCUCGCCCGCCAUUGCCAAAGCCAAGGAGUUCGUGGCCGACAUAUUCCGUCGGGCCAAAGAGGCCAGGGGCGGUAUCUCUGAGGAGGCCCGACCACCACCCUGCACUGAGUCCUCAGGCAGUCACACCCAGGGGUCUGCAGAGUCCCAGGGCUCAACUGGGGAGGCAGCGCCCCACGACAGCUCCUCUGCCAGCCAGGCAGGUGCCCCUGAACCUGGCUACAUCAACUACACGAAGCUCUAUUACGUGCUCGGCUCAGGAGAAUGGUCGGAGUCCGAGGAGGAGCUGGAGGAUGACAAGAUCUCCCUGCCCUUCGUGGUGACAGACCUCCGGGGCUGCAGCCUGAAGCCCAUGCGGGGCCGCACUGCUGUGCAGGGCCAGUAUCUCACAGUGGAGCAGCUGACACUGGACUUCGAAUAUGUCAUCAACGAGGUCAUCCGGCACGAUGCCACAUGGGGCCACCAGUUCUGCUCCUUCAGCGACUAUGACAUCGUCAUCCUGGAGGUGUGUCCGGAAACCAACCAGGUUCUCAUCAACAUCGGUCUGUUGCUCCUGGCCUUCCCGUCCCCUAGUGAGGAGGGCCAGCUCCGACCAAAGACCUAUCACACCAGCCUGAAGGUGGCUUGGGACCUCAACACGGGCAUCUUUGUCACUGUCAGCGUGGGGGACCUCACCGAGGUCAAAGGGCAGACUAGUGGCAGUGUCUGGAGCUCCUACCGCAAGAGCUGCGUGGACAUGGUAAUGAAGUGGCUGGUACCCGAGAGCAGCGGCCGCUACGUGAACCGGAUGACCAACGAGGCCCUGCACAAAGGGUGCUCGCUCAAGGUGCUGGCAGACAGCGAGCGAUACACGUGGAUCGUACUGUGAGCCCAGCCUGGCCGCCCGGACACUGACUCCAACUACCUCUGCACCGGGACCCACGCCUCCCGCCUGGCAGAGCAGCCUCGGGCUGGCGCUGGGCUGCUCCUUAUUUAUGCCUAUUUAAGUUGGGAGGGGGCAGUGAGGAGCCUCGACCCAUGCGCCACCUGUGGGCCCUGGGCUCCAGGCAUGGACCGCCCCCCCCUCCAGGCCCUAUGGGCCGCUCCCUACCCACCCCUAGCAGAGGAAGCAAACCCCCGGGGAUGGACUUCCCCUUGUAAUAAAUGUUUUAUUUCGGAGCCUCA